UUUGAGGACGCAGUACUAUCUAAUUUAUAAAACUACAGGGUAUAGGGCAACUAACAAUCCAUCUGAAAUUGUUGCCAACAGGCGUACCGUAGAAUGCUAAUAUGUUACUAAUAUGCAUUCUCCUGCAACUUUUGUCAGCAGGUGUACCUGUCACUGAAAGUGUAUUGUUAAGCGUGGGAUAUAGUAUGUGUUACGUUGUAUAGUAUGUGUUACGUUGGCCUCUGUAUAAGUUAGAAUGUUGUGAGAAUGUUUCUUUAAGACUCAUUACCUUUUCAUCCGAGAGCGAGUGAGAGAGCGAGAGGAGGAGGAGGGGUCCACGGUGUGGUGGUGUAGCGUCGAAUUCUAUUGCCUUGUGCCUUUUACAUGUAGAAGGAGGGGUGAGAGUGGGAAAAAACAUAUAUCCGGGGUUUUUAAGGGGGGUAAAGGCACCGAAAAAGCGAGAGGGAAAGAGACUGUGAUGGAGCCGAAUGGACUAUAAUGCCGACCAUCUGUUCUCCGCGAUGAUCGGGCUUCCUGUCUAAGCUCUGUGAAGUCCAGUCUGCGGGUUGUAGGUCCUCCUCUACUCCAGUUUCCCCUCUUGCCCCUCCCCUUCACACCCUUAGAAACACCCAGUCACCCUUAACCCUGACCCUGUGGACCUUUAUUUGCUUCUCCUUUAUUUUUUGAAGCCCCGCAGCAUAAAUGAACUCCACAUCCCUCCUCCAAGGCAGCACAUCACCAACCAGUGCCAGAGGUUAGACACAUUCUCUGUAACUUACCACCACAUGCCACUGAAUCUACAGUCACCGACAGUCAAAGAAUGAACAAGCCGUAGCAUCAUGGCUCUUUGCAGACACAUGAGGAGAUGAACAAGCAUUAAGAGGUAGAUUGGAUUAUAUUGUAAAAGCGUAUUUUACCUCAGUGUCUGGCACACAGCACACAGACUGGCAAAGAGACAGACAUAGAGAUGAGACUAUGUGUCUGUCUAAGUAAAAUACGCAGACUGAACUGAUGUGAAGUACAUAGAAAAGGGAGAGGAACAGAUAUCACGUUAAAAUAACAGUGCGGUAUAGACACAGAGCAAUAUGGAGAUUUGUGUACAGUGAGGCGAGUAAGAAAGUAAUGGGUUGUCAAAUUAAAACUGCUCAUUGAUAUUGAAAGAUAAGAUUAACCAAUCACUCUAUUCUUUAAAUAGGUAACGCACAGUCAGUGCUCAAAAUCACCAACUACACACAGAGGAAAAAGACAGACAUACAGACAGAGGAAAAGUGGCACACAGAGACACCUACAACCCACACAGUUGUACUUCAGCACAUAGUAUCACACAAAAACAGGCAGCCAGGACCUCUCUGGAACACUCAUUCCUGCAGGCUGUAGCACACUCCCUUUGGCCUCACGAUGAUGUGCGAGGUCAUGCCCACAAUCUCGGAGGAUGGGAGAGGAGGAGGUGGUGGGGGCCCCUCCUCUCCAGCAGGGGGUGGGGUCGGGGGCAGUGGUGGGGGUGGGAUGGGGGCAAUGGGAGGUGGUUAUGGGGGCAGGGAACAGAGAGGAGAUGAGGGGGGCAGUACUGGAAAUCUGGAGUCCCUGAUGGUGAACAUGCUGACGGAGAGGGAGCGCCUCCUGGAAAGUCUGAGGGAGACCCAGGACAGCUUGGGAACUGCCCAGCUGAGGCUGAGGGAGCUGGGACACGAAAAGGACUCCCUGCAGAGACAGCUGUCCAUCGCCCUGCCACAGGAGUUUGCGGUGCUGACCAAAGAGCUGAACGUGUGCAGGGAACAGCUGCUGGAGAGAGAGGAGGAGAUCGCUGAGCUGAAGGCGGAGAGGAAUAACACACGGCUGCUGCUGGAGCACCUGGAGUGCCUGGUGUCCCGCCACGAGCGCAGUCUGAGGAUGACGGUGGUGAAGAGGCAGGCGCAGUCCCCUGCUGGGGUCUCCAGCGAGGUGGAGGUGCUCAAGGCCCUCAAGUCUCUCUUCGAACACCAUAAGGCCCUUGAUGAGAAGGUUCGAGAGAGACUGCGUGUGGCCCUUGAGAGGGUGUCUGUUUUAGAAGAGGAGCUGGAGUCUUCCUCACAGGAGGUACUCUCUUUACGGGACCAAAUUAAAAGGCGACAACAAGGGCUGGAUAAUGGAAAGGAGCGACUGCCCAACGGUCCCUCCUCUGUGCUAGAUGAUGGAGAGAUUGACAGAGACAGACAGAGAGAAGGAGAGAUCGAGCGACAGAGGGCAGAACUCUCUCAGCUGAGAGAGAGGCUGGCUCUCAUGUGCCGACAGGUAGGAGAGAUAGAGGAACAGCUUGCUGCUGCCAGGAGGGAGGUGACAAAGACUGAGGAGGCCAAUCAGAAACUCCAGAGGGAUGUUAAAGAGGCUCUUUGUCAAAGGGAAGAUAUGGAGGAGAGAAUCACUACAUUAGAGCGCAGGUACCUCAGUGCCCAGAGGGAGGCAACCUCUCUCCAUGACAUAAAAGACAAGCUGGAGAAUGAAUUGGCAAGCAAAGAGUCUCUCUACAGACAGAGCGAGGAGAAGAACAGGCAGCUGCAGGAGCGACUAGACGAUGCCAAGCAGAAGCUGCAGCAGACCCUGCAGAGGGCCGAGACCCUGCCGGAGAUCGAGGCCCAGCUCGCUCAGAGAGUGGCUGCACUCAACAAGGCGGAAGAACGCCAUGGCAACUUUGAAGAGCGAUUGCGACAGAUGGAGGCACAACUGGAGGAGAAGAAUCAGGAGUUACAGAGGGCAAGGCAGAGAGAGCGGAUGAAUGAUGAACACAACAAGCGUCUCUCAGACACUGUGGACAAGCUCCUCUCAGAAUCCAAUGAGAGAUUACAGCUCCACCUGAAAGAGAGAAUGGCAGCUCUUGAGGAGAAGAAUGCCCUUUCAGAGGAACUGGCAAAUAUGAAGAAGAUACAAGAUGAUCUCCUAGCAAACAAGGACCAGCUGAUAGCUGAGCUAGAGAGGAUUCAGCUGGAGCUGGAUCAGCUGAGAGGGCGGCCUGGCUCCUCGUACUCCAGGUCUCUCCCAGGAAGUGCAUUAGAGCUGAGAUACUCCCAAGGGGGCGGGUCCCUCCCAGCCGGCUCCACCACACACAUGGAACACUAUGGCAACGCAGCUUCAGGGGGGGUUGUCAGGAGGGCUCACCGCGGGCGAUGGGGCCCUGCCAGGGAGGAUAGCAGCAAGUAUGGGGAGUGGGACAGCAGCACCCUGUUGGGCUCCGGGUUUGAGGGAGGAGUGGAGGGGGGUUGCUCCGACGACGAGGAGGACAGAGAAACACUCUUUGGCUCGGAACUGCUCUCCCCCAGUGGACAGACAGACGUGCAGACCCUGGCCAUCAUGCUACAGGAACAGCUGGAGGCCAUCAACAAGGAGAUUAAACUGAUCCAGGAAGAGAAGGAAAGCACAGAGCUGAGGGCGGAAGAGAUUGAGAGUCGGGUCAGCAGUGUUGCCCUGGAUGGCCCCCCGCUCCCCCCAUCCUCUCUGGGCGGAGGAAGGGAUGGGACCGGAAGGGGCUUCAUCCCCCCAUCUCUCACCUCGUCCACCCUGGCAUCCCCCUCACCCCCUAGCUCUGGACAUUCCACUCCUCGCCUUCCCCACUCCCCCGCCCGGGAGACCGACAGACCGAACAAUAAGGAGGAUGACAGGUCCUUGGCCCUGCUGGACUCCACCCCUCCUCCCACUCCUCGUGCACUACGAUUGGACAGAAUGACUCACACGCACCCAGGGGCGGGGCUUGAUGACCAUCGCGAAUUCCGUAGUCUCUCAGCGGAUGGCAGCAGUUCCAACAGCAGUCAGGACUCUCUCCACAAGUCCAGUAAGAAGAAAAGCAUCAAGUCUUCCAUCGGCCGGCUCUUUGGAAAGAAGGAGAAAGGAAGGAUGGGUCAACCUGGAAGAGAAUCUGCCUCACUGGCCUCUACCCCCUCUGAUGACCUGGGUUCUGCAGACCCUCUGGGCCUGACCAAGUUGGCAGGAACUGUGGACAAGGAUCGCCGUAGCAAGAAGAAGCAUGAGCUUCUGGAGGAGGCUUGUCGUCAGGGGCUUCCCUUUGCCUCUUGGGAUGGCCCCACCGUUGUCUCCUGGCUAGAGCUGUGGGUGGGGAUGCCGGCAUGGUACGUGGCGGCGUGCCGUGCCAACGUGAAGAGCGGUGCCAUCAUGGCAAACCUGUCGGACACGGAGAUCCAGAGGGAGAUUGGCAUCAGCAACCCCCUGCACCGGCUCAAGCUGCGGCUCGCCAUCCAGGAGAUGGUGUCUCUCACCAGCCCCUCCGCCCCCGCCAGCACGCGCUCCUCCACCAGUAAUGUGUGGAUGACACAUGCAGAAAUGGAGUCACUGACCGCUGCCACAAAACCUGAGCUGAAAGAGAUUAGCUGGGAUCAGAUCUUGGCCUAUGGGGACAUGAACCAUGAGUGGGUGGGGAAUGAGUGGCUGCCCAGCCUGGGUCUGCCGCAGUACCGCAGCUACUUCAUGGAGUCCCUGGUGGAUGCCCGCAUGCUGGACCACCUGACUAAGAAAGAGCUGAGGGGCCAGCUCAAGAUGGUGGACAGCUUCCAUAGGGUCAGUCUGCAUUAUGGUAUCAUGUGUCUGAAACGCUUAAAUUAUGACAGGAAGGAGCUGGAGAGAAGGAGAGAUGACAGUCAGCAUCAGAACAAAGACGUGAUGGUGUGGUCGAAUGAGCGUGUGAUGUGCUGGGUGCAGACAGUGGGGCUGAAGGAGUUUGCGGAUAACCUGACGGAGAGCGGGGUUCACGGGGCGCUGCUGGCGCUCGACGACACCUUCGACUACACCGACCUCGCCCUGCUGCUGCAGAUUCCCAACCAGAACACACAGGCCAGGCAGCUCUUAGAGAAGGAGUACAACGCUCUCAUUGCCAUGGGAACAGAGAGGAGGCCAGAUGAGGACGGCACAAAGACCUUCACUCGCUCACCCUCAUGGAGGAAGAUGUUCAGAGAGAAGGACCUGCGGGGGGUCACCUCUGACUCCUCUGAAACAUUGCCUCCAAAUUUCCGUGCCUCGGCCAUCUCCACACCCUCGGUGACCUUGAGGAAAGUGCAGAGCGAAGGUGAGGAGAUUUCACUUGCAGAGCUCCUUUCCCACCUCCUCCUUUCUCUCACUUAUUCUCUCGGUGGAGUUGCAAUGCUGUGAGAACUCAGUGGUUCUUUUUCUUUUUCGUGGUUUGCUCAAUAUUCAGCCUCUUUCUACAAAAGCCCAAGAAUGUGCUGUACAGUUACCAUAGAAUGCUCAAUAUUGUGCUUGUUAGUGCCUCUUUUUAUUUUAAUCAUACCACAGUCUGCAGUGGCAUGCUGCAGUGUAAAGUAUUAUAGAU